AUGACUACAGACUCAGACUACAGACCAGGACUACAGACUCACACUACAGACUCAGACUACAGACCAGGACUACAGACUCAGACUACAGACCAGGACUACAGACCAGGGCUACAGACCAGGACUACAGACCAGGACUACAGACGAGGAGACGUUUGGGAGACGUUUGGGAGACGUUUGGGAGACGUUAGGGAGACGUUAGGGAGACGUUUGGGAGACGUUUGGGAGACGGAGACGUUUGGGAGACGUUUGGGAGACGUUUGGGAGACGUUUGGGAGACGUUUGGGAGACGAGGCAAUGAUGGAGAUCGGGAAAAACAGAGGACGAUGUUGGGACGAGAUGGACGUGGGGUCAGGUCGUCAUGACGAUAUUAAAGACUACAGACCAGGACUACAGACCAGGACUACAGACCAGGACUACAGACUCAGACUACAGACCAGGGCUACAGACCAGGACUACAGACCAGGACUACAGACCAGGACUACAGACGAGGACUACAGACCAGGGCUACAGACCAGGACUACAGACUCAGACUACAGACUCAGACUACAGACCAGGACUACAAACCAGGACUACAGACUCAGACUACAGACCAGGGCUACAGACCAGGACUACAGACCAGGACUACACACCAGGACUACAGACUCAGACUACAGACCAGGACUACAGACUCAGACUACAGACCAGGACUACAGACUCAGACUACAGACCAGGACUACAGACUCAGACUACAGACCAGGACUACAGACUCAGACUACAGACCAGGACUACAGACCAGUAACACAGAUUCAGACUCAGACUACAGACCAGGACUACAGACUCAGACUACAGACUCAGACUACAGACCAGGACUACAGACUCAGACUACAGACUCAGACUACAGACCAGGACUACAGACUCAGACUACAGACUCAGACUACAGACCAGGACUACAGACUCAGACUACAGACUCAGACUACAGACCAGGACUACAGACUCAGACUACAGACUCAGACUACAGACCAGGACUACAGACUCAGACUACAGACCAGGACAACAGACCAGGACUACAGACCAGGACUACAGACUCAGACUACAGACUCAGACUACAGACCAGGACAACAGACCAGGACUACAGACCAGGACUACAGACUCAGACUACAGACUCAGACUACAGACCAGGACUACAGACUCAGACUACAGACUCAGACUACAGACCAGGACUACAGACUCAGACUACAGACCAGGACAACAGACCAGGACUACAGCCGGAGGAGCUGA